UGAAUCUACCCCAUAUUAUGAUCAAAAUUACUCCCAUUUUCUUACUAUAUAAAGACAUCUUUGUUUACCAACUUUCUUGCCUUUCUAUGUUCUUACUUUGACAAGAGAUCAUUUUGCACCCACUUUUUAAGUUUUAAAGAAAUGGAGACUUUCUUGUUCACAUCUGAAUCUGUCAAUGAGGGACAUCCUGACAAACUCUGUGACCAAGUAUCUGAUGCUGUUCUUGAUGCUUGUCUUGCUCAGGAUCCUGAAAGCAAAGUUGCUUGUGAAACUUGUACUAAGACCAACUUGGUCAUGGUCUUUGGUGAGAUCACCACUAAAGCCAUUGUAGAUUAUGAGAAAAUUGUACGUGAUACAUGUCGGGCGAUUGGAUUUGUAUCCGCUGAUGUGGGGUUGGAUGCUGAUAAUUGCAAGGUUCUUGUGAACAUUGAACAGCAGAGCCCUGAUAUCGCGCAAGGUGUUCAUGGUCACUUAACCAAAAAACCAGAGGAAAUUGGUGCUGGUGAUCAGGGUCAUAUGUUUGGUUAUGCCACUGAUGAGACACCUGAAUUGAUGCCCCUUAGCCAUGUUCUUGCUACUAAACUUGGCGCUCGCCUUACUGAGGUUCGCAAGAAUGGAACUUGCUCUUGGCUCAGGCCUGAUGGUAAAACUCAGGUUACUGUUGAGUAUUACAAUGACAAUGGUGCUAUGGUUCCGGUUCGUGUCCAUACUGUCCUCAUCUCCACUCAACAUGAUGAGACUGUCACAAACGAUGAAAUCGCCUGUGAUCUGAAAGAACAUGUAAUCAAACCCGUGAUACCCGAGAAGUAUCUUGAUGAAAACACCAUAUUCCACCUUAACCCAUCGGGCCGAUUUGUCAUUGGUGGACCUCAUGGUGAUGCUGGUCUCACAGGCCGAAAGAUCAUUAUCGAUACCUAUGGAGGGUGGGGUGCACACGGGGGUGGUGCAUUUUCAGGAAAGGAUCCUACCAAGGUUGAUAGAAGUGGUGCAUAUAUUGUAAGACAAGCUGCAAAAAGCAUUGUUGCCAAUGGUCUUGCUAGAAGGUGCAUUGUGCAGGUUUCGUAUGCCAUUGGCGUGCCCGAGCCUUUGUCUGUGUUUGUAGAUACUUAUGGAACUGGAAAAAUACCAGAUAAGGAAAUUCUCAAGAUUGUGAAGGAGAACUUUGAUUUUAGGCCUGGUAUGAUGUCAAUUGACUUGGAUUUAAAGAGGGGUGGCAACAACAGAUUCUUGAAAACUGCUGCUUAUGGUCAUUUUGGUAGAGAUGAUCCUGACUUUACAUGGGAAGUUGUUAAGCCUCUCAAGUGGGACAAGCCUCAAUCUUGAUUCUGAUGCAGUUGUUUCUUCUAUAAGUUUUUCAAUAUCUUAAAUUUCUUUUGUUCUUGGUUUAAGAAAUAUUGUUCUUAACUUUCUUGGGAAAGUGGAGUAUACUUGGUAUUAUUGGUUGAGGUUAUAAACUCUUGCCUUUUGUUAUAUGUUGCUGCGGGCAGUAGGCAUGAUAGAACCUUUUUUGGUCCAAUAUUCCUUCAAUAUGUUAGAUAAAGAUUUUCAAUUA